AUGCAUCCACCAUCAACAUUACUCCUCCGCUCCCUCCGAAGCUCUAUUUCAAAGAGCAUUUCUACCUCAUCUCAGCCGUCGUACGCCUCCCUCCAACCGAAAAUAUCUCGAUGCCUUCUCAAACCCACACCCGCCGGCGUCCGCACCUACACCAGCGACAAAAGCAAUCCUGACCCCAAUGUCCGCGCCCAACCCCGUCCACGCCGUACAACACUAUCAUCAGCAGAUAUGAAGCCCAAAUCAAACUACCGCGGUCCACCGCCUGAAGGAACGGAUGCGCAACACAUGACGGAUCUUAACUCACUGAACAUCCUAUCUGGUGCAGCGGUACCUGCAACAGCCAUUGACGCAUGCCACCAUGAUGGAUUUCAACUGAAUAACGGCGUGCGGAUUGCGGAUGGGAAUGGGUGUUUACUGGUUGAUGGGGAGGCGUUUGUUUGGAAACCGUGGGAGGCUGCGGCCGGCAAGGAGAGGAGCUUUAUUAAUGAGAAGGGCCAGUGGGAGGUGCCGGAGGGUGCUUGGGGUGCUCUACGUCUUCUAUGGCCUAAACCUGGAAUGCAGCUGCGCAGUUCAAUCUGCUGGCAACAGAGAGAGGCGUUCAAGAAGUUGCAGCCGCCUUGCUACCGAUUGGAUAGAGAAGUCGGCCUGUUACUCCGUACCCUCGGCGGCCAUAUUUCCUUCCUGUAA